AUGGCAGGCAAAAGAAGGGUCAAGAUUUACCACAGGAGAAUGCUGACUAAGUUCUAUCAACACACUCUGGUUUUGGCAUUUGCUGUGUAUGAGAUCAAUGAGAGCCCCAAGAUCCUGCCCAAUGUCAGCCUGGGCUUCCACAUCUAUGACAGCUACUAUGAUGAGAAGAUGACUUACCGUACCACUCUGGAUCUGCUCUAUAAAUUGCAUAGAUAUUUCCCCAACUACGAAUGUGACACCCACAAAAAUCUAAUGGCCGUCAUCGGGGGACUUGGCGCAGAUAUCUCCUUACGCAUGGCAGACAUUCUAGGUCUCUACAAAAUCCCACAGCUCACAUAUGGCUCCUUUGCAUCUGAGAAGAGGGAGACAAGGCAGUCCCCAUCCUUUUACCACAUGGUCCCAAAUGAAGACCAGCAGUACAUGGGGAUUGUCCGACUGCUUCAGCAUUUUGGAUGGAUGUGGGUUGGGCUCUGUGCUGUGGAUGAUGACAGCGGGGAACAUUUUGGGCAGGUUCUAGAGUCUUUGCUUCCCCAAUAUGGAAUCUGUUUGGCCUUCACAGAAAGCAUCCCAAACAAUUCUAAAUGGGAUUCCUUGACUGAUGUGAAUUAUUUCCUCUCUAGCAUGUAUUCACUUUUGACAGAGGGCAAAGUCCGUACCUAUAUCCUCUAUGGAGAAUCAAGGACCAUUACAGCAUUUAUUGAUCUUAGAUUUCUAGUCAUCUCUGGCUCUCAAGAAAAAGCAACAUUUAGAAAGGUGUGGAUUACAACAGCCCAGAUUGAUUUUGGAGUCACCGGCCUCCAGAGAAGCUGGGAUUUCCAUUUCCUUCAUGGCGCAAUUUCCUUCACCAUUCACUCCAAAGAGCUCUCAGGGUUCCAGAAAUUUCUGCAGAACAGAAAACCUAAUUGGGAACAAGGCUUUCUCAAGGACUUCUGGGAGCAAGCAUUUGAUUGUUUCUUUCCAGAGCUCCAGGACCUGAUGAAAGACAAUGGGACAUGUACUGGGGAGGAGAAACUGGAAAGCCUUCCCAGUACUCUUUAUGAAAUGGCUGUGACUGGCCACAGCUAUAGCAUCUAUAAUGCUGUCCAUGCUGUGGCACAUGCUUUGAAUUUCAUGAUCACAUCCAGAUCCCAACAAACAGCAAGGGCAGGUCAUCAGAGUGCUGAACUUCAAGAGCCUUGGAAGGUUCCUCCUGUUUCUGUGUGCAAUGACUACUGCCAUCCUGGUGCUCACAAGAGAAAAAAGGAAGGGGAGAAAUUUUGUUGUUAUGAUUGUGUUUCAUGCCCAGAAGGGAAGGUGUCCAAGGAGAUGGAUAUGGACGACUGUAUCAAAUGCCCAGAUGAUCAGUAUGCAAGCGAGGACAGUGUUCGUUGUAUUCCCAAGACAAUAAGUUUUCUGUCUUAUGAAGAACCUUUAGGAAUCAUUAUGGCUUCAGUUGCAGCUUUUUAUUCCCUGAUCACAGUCUUUGUUCUAGGAACUACUAUUAAGCACAGACAUACCCCCAUUGUCAAAGCCAACAACCAGGAUAUCACAUACACUCUUCUCAUCUCUUUGCUGCUCUGCUUCCUCUGCUCCUUGCUGUUUAUUGGGGAACCAAGCAAAGUGACCUGCUUCCUCCGUCAAUUUGCUUUCGGCAUCAUCUUUACAGUGGCUGUUUCAUGCGUGUUGGCCAAAACCAUCACUGUGGUUGUAGCUUUCAUGGCUACCAAACCGGGGUCCAGGAUAAGGAAGUGGGUGGGGAAAAGACUGACAAAUUCCAUUCUUCUAUCCUGUUCCCUCAUUCAACUAUGCAUUUGCAUGAUAUGGCUAGGAACAUCUCCCCCAUUCCCAGUCACUGACAUGAAGUCAUUGACUAGAGAGGUCACUGUAGAAUGUAAUGAAGGGUCUGUCCUCAUGUUCUACAUUGUCCUGGGCUACAUGGGACUUCUAUCCAUCAUAAGUUUGACAGUAGCUUUCUUUGCAAGGAAGUUACCUGACAGUUUCAAUGAAGCCAAGUUCAUCUGCUUUAGUAUGUUGAUCUUUUGCUGUGUUUGGUUGUCUUUUGUUCCAAGCUAUUUGAGCACUAAAGGAAAAUACACUGUAGCUGUGGAGGUGAGAAGAAAGAAUAUGUUGAUAAAAUACUACCAACACAACCUAGCUUUGGCAUUUGCUGUCAAUGAGAUCAACAAGAACACCCAGAUCUUACCAAAUGCCACUCUUGGGUUCCAUAUCUAUGACAGCUACUUUGAUAUGAAAAUGACCUCUCGUACCACUCUGGACCUGCUUUUCAAGUCACAGAGAUUUCUCCCUAAUUACAAAUGUGACAGCCAGAAAAAUGUAAUAGCUGUCGUUGGAGGACUUGGAGCUGAUACCUCCUUCCACAUGGCAGACAUCUUGAGACUCUACAAAAUGCCACAGGUAUGA